AUGCAGCACUACCUCUUUCCAGCCUUGAUUGUUCCGCGCAAUCAUCAAGUUUCGUUUAAUCCGUCAUCCAUCAAGAUGUGGGGGAAAGUAUCGUUCCAUCGGUCCCGAAAGACCGUCGAUGAAAGCCCCUCUUCAGGUGCUCAUAUCUAUCAGUCGCCAUCGCUGUCAAGCUCCCAGACUAGCGAGCUUUACGCGAAAGCGUUACCUACAUUGCCAGUUGAUCUAUCAUCGGGUUCGCAGUUCGCAGCGCAUCAGCCAGAUCCCAGCGCGCGAGUGGCAUCUUCCAUAUACUCUCGGGAUACUGCUCCUUUUAAUCAUCCUCACCAACGCUCAAAUAGUGGCGCAUACCAAUUUUCUCAGGAACCUAACUUAUUAAACCCGGGUCAGGGUGAUUCCCAAGGCACGAGAAGCGUGGAAAUUUCCCCUCCCGACUCUCCAAUCACCGGCAUCCAUAGUCCAAACAGCUCCCGGGUCUCUUCAAUAGAGGACGAACCGGAACCACCAACGGGUAGCAGUGGUAAUCCUCCAGGGGAGAGAAAAUUCGCCAGCCAUAUCCCGAUCAUAAGCAAGGGCGUCGAUUCUCAGCCAGACCGUGUUCAGACGAACUCGUCAGCUGAAGUUAGUACUACGAGAUGGAACAAUGAGGCGACGACGAGCAAUUUCGGGAGAAUGGGCCAGGUCACUCCUGGCAAUGUUUCAUUUGAGACACACAUAUCCGCCCAUCCUCCACCAUCACACAGCUCAAACAUUUUUGGUUGGGGCAAGGACCAACUUAAUUCAAGAAAGAAGCUAUCUGAGACCCGUAAUCGGUUUCUGAAAAGUGAUGAUCCUACCUUUGUUCCCCGCGAGCCUUGGAGGGGCCAAAGUGGUCGAUCCCCAAUGGUAAAUCCCAUUCAGGAGAAGCCAGGUGCUAGAUCUUCAUCACGCCUAUAUUUCUCAAAGGAUCGUUCAAGGCAGAUGAAUACUCCAUCGCCUAUCCCCGGAAUAGUGGCACCUUCAGCCCUGACAACAAUUAUAACUGCUGGUGAAGAUACCACACCUGCAAAGCCACCAAAAUCAGUCCGCCAAAAGAACAAGUAUGACGCACCUGGCGCUGAGGCGCCCGUUUUUGACGCUAGUGUCGUCAGCGGCCCUACCCCGCCACGCGUCGAUCUUCCAGAAACGGAGCUGACUGUUGGUUUGGCCGACCUGAAACUCUUGGGAGAUGACGUUGAGGAGCCUACAAGUCGCCUCAGCGUCGCUACUUAUGAUCCCACGGAGGCAGCGAGUUCAACUCCAAGCCCACGAGAUAGCAUCGACGGAGCAUCCCAGAUCAGCGACAGCGUCUCCAUCAUGUCACGAACACGCCCUGUCCCCAGUACUAUCGCACACGGAAAGCGGCCUAUCAGGAAGCCAACCCCCUCUGAGGUUUCCGCCGACAAAGCGCUUCCUCAGUGCCCCCCUGAAAUGAGCGCUCAGAGUCGCAUCGAAAUGCUGGAAGCGAAGAAAAACGAUCUUAUACGUCGUAGAACGAACAUUAACACGAUCAUCCAUGAGUUGACCCAGGUGAUUCAACCAAACUCCGUUGCCUACGAUAUGGCCGCUCGAGACGAGGUCAAGAAAACAGUCGCUAGUCUCAACAAUGAGCUAGCGGAAAUUAAGAGGGAGGAGCAUGAGGUUGGAUUGAAAUUACUCCGAGCGUGGAAGAAGCGCGACAACGAAGACUUUUACGGCCAGGAAACCGGUUUAUGGGUUAAACGAGUGACUAGCUGAGGGCCACAUUCUUUUCCUACUUUCUACGGACCGUUAUACCCCCGCAUUCAUUAUCUUUGUUCACUCUUGAUCCUCCUCCCCUCACAAUAUUUUAACAAGCCUUGGCCGGACCACAUGUUUCUCAAUCUACAAAAUAUUCUCUACCAUCCCCAGAUGGCGUCUUGUCUUCAUUUUGAUCCGUGUUUCUUUAGUUACCCCAUGUAUUCUGAUCACGAUACUAGUGACAAUAUUCGCGCGAAUCUCCACUCGCGACUUUGUAGUGCAAAUGAUACCCCCUGACCCCUCAAAGGGCCACUAAAAUUUGAUAUCAUAUAACGUUCCAAGUUUCUCCGUCUUACUCGUGCAAGCAAAGUUCGGUGAAAUGUCUGUAUACGAAAAAAAAAAAUAGUGUUGCUCAAAUAGUAAGAUGUAGUGAUUGGUGCCAC